CUGACAAAUGGUGUAAUAUCAGCCACGACAAAUGGAAGUGGUCCAGUAAAGGCUGCUAAGUUAAAUAAGAAAAAGAAAAACAAGGUUCACAAUGACAACAGUGCUGAAGUGGACCGAGAAUCAAUUGAAAGUACGAUAAAUAGCGCUGUGUUUUGUUCGUCCGUUGGAACAAAUGAAUCGACGGGACCUCACGAUCAAUUAUGAUAUUAUUCAUCCAUACGCCAAACACCUGAAGUCGAAUGGCGUGCACGCGGUUUUGAUAAACGGCACAACAGGUGAAGGAAUGCUGCUAAAUGUUGAGGAACGCAAAAGAACUGCUGAAAUUUGGAAACAGGCAUGUAAGGAAAACGAAAUCGUUAUGAUGGUUCAAGUAGGAGGUGCUCCGUAUCCUGAUGUGGUUGAACUGACAAAACAUGCAGAGAACCUUGAUGUCGAUGGUAUACUCUGCUUGCCAGAACUAUACUUCAAGCCGAAAUCUCCGGAAGCAUUAACAAACUAUCUCGGAAGCAUCGCGUCUCAUUGUCCAACAACGCCAUUUUUCUACUAUCACAUUCCGAUGUUUACGGACGUUAAUAUACACAUGCCAACGUUUCUUGAUAUGGCCGAGAAAACCAUUCCUAACUUACAUGGAAUAAAGUACACAAGUGGUGACCUAGAUCAAGGAACGAAUUGUCUCAAGACGGAGAGAACUAUUUUCCUUGGAGCUGAUACGAUUCUCUGUGGGGCGGUAGCGACGGGUUUCGAUUCGUUCAUUAUGACAACAUUAAACAUUUGUCCGGAGAUUUCUCAAAAUAUAAUCGAUUUGUUAAAAUGUGGAAGAGUUGAAGAAUCGCGAGAUAAACAACGCGAUUUGAAUUCGACUAUAUGUGACAUUUUGGAACAUGGAGACUGGGUAUCAGCUAUGAAGAAGGCAUUCAAUGAACACUGCCACUUGAGUUUAGGAAAAACUCGUCCUCCAUUAAAUUUGAAGUCAGAUGCGGAUUAAUUUAAUGUGAUAUUUGUGUGAACCGGGGGUCGACUGAAGCCUUUAUUUCAGUCUGUCUCGCGUAGGCAACACUGCAUGUUUUGACAGUUAUCAUUUCUUCUGCUAUGUAAUAAAAGAGCCAAUAAAAAUUCAUUCUUUCUUGUG